CCAUCUGUCUAGCAGAUUUGACAACUUGAGCAAAUCAAGUUUAACGUUGAAGAUUUUGUUCUGACGAAAAUAUUGUCUACCGUCAAUUUCGUCUAUUAAAAUAUUAGCUCAGAAGACUAUAAGAACAAAGGAGAAGCCAAAGGAUAUUAAAAACCCAGGUUGCCUCAUUAGCUAGCAACUGAGAAUUGAGAAAUAACCCAGGUGUUUGGGCCAUAAAACAGCGGCACGAUUGGGCCAGCAAAUCGGGACGAGAAAGCAGCCCUAAUUUAGUUGCAGGUAAAGCUUCUCGCCAGGUAAAAGCCUACUUAUAUAUUGCAGUAAACCCUUUUGGGCAUAUAAGUCUGAGGGAUGAGGGACGGCAGCUGUCAGAGAGAGUCGAGUCUUCACAACGGCAACAACAUGGGCAACGUCAUGGAUCGCAAGGUGACCUGCACAGAGGCACGUGCCACAAAUGCCACGCCCACCACUCCGAUCGUUGCGCCCAAGGAGCAAGAGACCAGGAAACUGGAAAAGGUGGACUCGCAGGAGAUUGUCCCCAAUUUGACAUUUCACUUGUACAGCUAUCGCCAGCAAAUUGGUUGCAAGAAGCAUCAGCUGAUGAAGUGGGCCACAUCGAAGUUGCUGCUCACCGAGGAGCUGCUAAAGCUACAGAAACAGCAUCUUGGCGAAACCACCGAAUCCUGGACCGAUUUCGGUGCCAUGCUAUCAGACGAGGAGGAUGAUGAGGAGAAUCGUGCUCCAGGCGUCGCCUUUGAUCCCCUGGCCCUGGAAUUGAGCAACCUGAAGAACUAUCGCCUGGAACUCAGGAGCACCAUACUGGACUUCGCCCAGGAGAAGAUGAAGAAGCGGGAGAAGAAGAAGCUGAAGCGUCUGAAACGUCGCACCCUGAUCUCCUCCAAGAAACCCAGUAACAAGAACAAGGUCAAGUACUGGCAUCCGCAAUUGGAGACAGACGAGCAAUUUGAUCUCGAUCCCCAGGAUCCCCAGGCAGAGGUCAUUGUCAUCGAUUAGCCAAAUAUGUAGUGUUCCUAAGUCUUAGUUAAUUUAGUCGUUACACUCGUUCUAAUUGUACAUACUCCUA